AUGCUGGGCUCGGUGAAGAUGGAGGCCCAUGACCUGGCCGAGUGGAGCUACUACCCGGAGGCGGGCGAGGUGUACUCUCCGGUGACUCCCGUGCCUACCAUGGCCCCUCUCAACUCCUACAUGACCUUGAACCCUCUCAGCUCUCCCUACCCUCCAGGAGGGCUUCAGACCUCCCCACUACCUACAGGACCCCUGGCACCGCCAGCCCCCACAGCGCCCCUGGGGCCCGCCUUCCCAGGCCUGGGUGCUGGUGGCAACCGUGGAAGCAAUUCUUCCGGGUACGGCGGCGCCCCAGGGCCUGGGCUGGUCCACGGAAAGGAGAUGGCGAAGGGGUACCGGCGGCCGCUGGCGCACGCCAAGCCGCCGUAUUCCUACAUCUCUCUCAUCACCAUGGCCAUCCAGCAGGCGCCAGGCAAGAUGCUGACGCUGAGCGAGAUCUACCAGUGGAUCAUGGACCUCUUCCCAUACUACCGGGAGAACCAGCAGCGCUGGCAGAACUCCAUCCGCCACUCGCUCUCCUUCAACGACUGCUUCGUCAAGGUGGCGCGCUCCCCGGACAAGCCGGGCAAAGGCUCCUACUGGGCCCUGCACCCCAGCUCCGGGAACAUGUUUGAGAACGGCUGCUACCUUCGUCGGCAGAAACGCUUCAAGCUGGAGGAGAAAGUCAAGAAGGGAAACGGAGCUGCUGCAUCUACCACCAGGAGCGGUGCGGCGGGGUCGGCCCCCUCGGCCACGACUCCAGCCGCCCCGGUCGUCACCUCCCAGGCUCAGCCCCAGCCUACGUCUUGUGAGCCCGAGGCCCAGAGUGGGGAAGAUGUGGGGGGUCUGGACUGCGCCUCUCCUUCUUCCUCCUCCACACCCUAUUUCACUGGCCUGGAGCUCCCAGGGGAACUGAAGUUGGACGCCCCCUACAACUUCAACCACCCUUUCUCUAUCAACAACCUGAUGUCAGAACAGACACCAGCCCCUUCCAAACUGGACAUGGGGUUUGGGGGCUACGGGGCUGAGAGUGGGGAUCCAGGGGUCUACUUCCAGAGCCUCUAUUCCCGCUCUCUGCUUAAUGCAUCCUAG